UUUUGGUUCUAGUCAUGUGUUAAUAAGGAAAGUUUACUUUUGUUUAGCCAAUCAGAGUGUUUUGUAGAUGUAUUUAUUUUAUUUGUCAACCCAUUGCAGACACGUAGGUCGUUUUGAUAAGUUAUCUUUAUUAAAUAGGUAUGCAUAAUGGAGUUUUCCCCUUCUCCUGCAGACGGAAAAAUAGAAAUGCAACAAAUUGAACAAAGUUCGUCAACUACAUCACUUGAUUCAAUAUUAAAUAAUUCGGACGAAGAGGAAUUUGAAUCAUCUCAUCCUCCUUCGCCUGAUCACAAAAAGUAUCUUUAUCCUAAAAAAGAAUUUGUUGAUAAUUUAAGACCUGAAGAUGUCCGAUGGUUUUACAAACGGGAAGGUGACAAACUGUGGAAGCCGUUCAUUGGUUACGAUUCUCUGAGAAUAGAAUGUCGAUACAGAGCCGCAACACUUGAAGAUCAGGCUGGUAUUGAUGUUGAUGAGAAGAUUUUGGUACGUGGUGGACUGUAUGAUGUUGAUGUUCCAGCUAAGACCUGCUCGCCUAUAUACUGGACAGUUUCAGGUGAUGUUUCAAUGAUUAUGCGUGGCGUUUGGUUUUAUGACGGCAGCUGGCAGCCUGUUGAGGAUGGUUAUGCUUCUCAGAUUGAAACAGAACACAUGGCUACGUUUUUUGGACAAAAACUACAUGUUGAGUCUUUUACCACCAGUCCUUCAAAAGGACCAAAGCCAAUUAUCCACAAUAUAAAGUUUCAGAAUUUCCAUGUUGACUGGAACUCUCCGAGUGAAGUCUUCCUCUUUAGUGAGUCUGCAUCAUCCAAAAUCAUGCGACAUGUUUCCAAGUCAUUUGGAUGGCAGAAAUCUGGUACAUCGUUGCAUCGUGGGUAUUACUGUGAAGCCCAGAUGGAUGACAAGCCUCUCGACAUCACUCACCUAGUGUUUGUUGUACACGGGAUUGGACAGAAAAUGGACACUGGUGCUAUUGUCAAGUGCUGUAAAGAUUUAAGAGAAAGAGUGGAGCAUAUUAAACAUAAAUACCACAGUCACGAGUGCUAUAACAAGAGAGCAGAGUUUCUGCCAGUGGAAUGGAGGUCUUCUCUCACUCUUGAUGGAGACACUGUGGACUCGAUAACUCCUCACAAAAUGAAGGGUGUGAGAAGCAUCCUCAACAGCAGUGCCAUGGACGUUCUCUAUUACACCAGUCCUCUGUACAGGUCCGAGAUAACCCAUAGUCUACAGCAUGAACUAAAUCAUCUUUAUACUGUGUUUUGCUCAAGACAUCCAUAUUUUGAAGCAAAUGGUGGAAAAGUGUCCAUUGUUGCCCAUUCAUUAGGAGCUGUGAUCACAUAUGAUAUAAUGACUGGUUGGAAUCCGAUAAAUUUGUAUGACCAGUUUGUUUCUUCUCUUAUUAAUGAAGAAAGUGCAAAUGCCUCCGGAUCGGCUGAUGUGCAUAGUGAUCUGGACAAAGCUAAAAAACAUGUCAAGGAAUUGGAGAUUUUGCUGCAAAAGGUGCAUGAAAAACAGAAGAAGUUAAAUCCAGGGCUCAAUUUCAUGCUGGAGAAUCUGUUCUGCCUGGGAUCUCCCCUGGCCGUGUUUCUUGCUCUUCGUGGUAUCCGUCCACAGGGGAAAGGAUCCAUCGACCACAUCCUACCUACCAAUACCUGCAAACGCCUUUUUAACAUCUUCCAUCCAUCGGACCCUGUGGCCUACAGACUGGAGCCUCUGAUUCUGAAGCACUAUUCGACCAUUGCACCUCUGCUCAUUCAUUAUUAUGACUCGCACAAGAAGACGGCAUACCUGCAGAUGCAAAGAACAGCAUACGCUGCUUUUACAGGGACAAACAGUCGGGAGAAAUCACCACCAGUUGAAGAGGAAACUGAUACAUGUACCCCCGAAAAGGAGAUUUCAGACAUAAACAUAGUCACUGUAAAGAAAACAAGUCCAGCGUUUUCUUUGUCCAAGUGGAUUACAGACUUUAGAUCUUCUAAGAAGCCAGAAAAAGAUUUUACAGCAGAGCUGAAAAUGUUAGAAAAGAUGGACCAGAGUGUCGAAGAGUUUGAAGUUAAUGUGAUAAUUGAUUCCAAAGAUAUUGAUAAGACAGAGUUAGAAUAUCGUCUCGACUACCAGCUGCGAGAAAGAAGUCUUGAGAACAGCUACAUGGCUUUGCUUACAUCACACACAUCGUACUGGACUAAUAAAGAUGUCGCUUGCUUCAUGGUAAUGCACCUUCUGUGUGAAACAUAGGGCCACAUUAUGAUUAUAACAACUGGAUGGUUCCAUUAGUCUAACAUACAUCUGGAGUCAGCUGUCUUUAUAACAACUGGAUGGUUCCACUAGUAUAACAUACAUCUGGAGUCUGCUGUCUUUAUAACAACUGAAUGGUUCCACUAGUAUAACAUACAUCUGGAGUCCGCUGUCUUUAUAACAACUGAAUGGUUCCACUAGUAUAACAGACAUCUGGAGUCAGCUAUCUUUAUAACAACUGAAUGGUUCCACUAGUAUAACAGACAUCUGGAGUCAGCUAUCUUUAUAACAACUGGAUGGUUCCACUAGUAUAACAUACAUCUGGAGUCUGCUGUCUUUAUAACAACUGGAUGGUUCCCCUCAUCUAACAUACAUCUGGAAUCAGCUGUCUUUAUAACAACUGGAUGGUUCCACUAGUAUAACAUACAUCUGGAGUCUGCUGUCUUUAUAACAACUGGAUGGUUCCACUAGUCUAAUCUACAUCUGAAUGGUUCUAGUGACAGACAGCAGCAGUCUUUUCCUGUGUAAGGGUGGGUCGAUGAAUGAUCAAAAGGUGGAGGACGGGUGAGGGUGUGUAAAAAAUAGUUUUCUAAUACUCGUAGCCAAUAGAACAAAUGUAAACAACUGCUUUAUUUGCUGUUUUUAUAAUUCUACUCAGGAAUAAGAAUCUUCAGAAGAUUUAUGGACUUAUCUUAGAAGGUAUGAGGUACAUUUUAAAUUCCAUCAUGGUUUACUGUUUGCCACCAGUGUAUUUGUCAGUACAUUGUAGUAAAUAGUAAUAAUUUAACCAUUGAAAGAACAGAUAGUUCCACAUCCUCGUUCUUAAUCCAGCUUAAAACUGUGAGAUGUCACUCUUUGAUUCUAAUACUGAUGGCAACACAACAGCUGAUAAUGACCUUAAAAGGAUAACAACUCUGGAAAAGUAAAAAUGAACAGUUGCUUUAAAUAAAACUGGUUACAAAAGUUUUAAAAUUAUUAUUUACAAAUGGAGUGGCAUUUAUUGGCAAAUUAACAUUUAACUUUCGGCGAUGAUCUUUUAUUUGAGAUGAGCAUUUACAAUGAUCUUGGCAAACCUCAAACAAAAACAAACAAAAACAUCAUGCUCAUGACGUUGUGUAAAGUAAAAACAAAAAAGUAAGUAUUUAACUUGAGUUGGAGGAGUGGGGAAUGGGAUAUGAAUACAUUCCUUGUACCUUUUGUAAGAUUGUCUUUAGUCAUGUUUUGUGAACAUUUAAUUAUUAUUUUGUGCCUUUCCCCACCUUAAUGUGAUCAUUUCGGGAACAACCCUGAGGGAUCUUUGACUGAAGCCAGUAUUGGGCGGAUCAUGACACAUAAUACAGAUGCUAGUGAUAGGCAGACAUUGUUCUCCGAUUACAAUUGUUUUUCAUGAUUCAUCUGAAGAUUGAUUUGUGAAAUUAUGUCUUCCAUGCAGUAUACAAGGUGAGAAGUAUCCAGGUGAAAAGUAUGUUUGCCAUGAGAUUGUACAGUAACAUACUUAUUUAAUAUGCAUAGUAAUUACAUCUACAUUGAGAUCAAUCUAAUUAAAAUUACCUCCACUAUUACAUGUGGAUCUAACACCAGCCAGUUG